AUGUCAUUUUUUAACAAUGAUUUUAAAAUAGAUAGAAUUAAUAAUAGUAAUAAUUAUGAAAAAUCAUUUUGGAAAAUUAUUAGUAAUUUUUAUCUAUUAAAAUUAAUUUUUAAUAAAAUUAAUGAUACAGAGUGGAUAAAAUUUGAAAAUCCAAAACAAAUCAAUCAUUUUAAAAAUAGAAAAAAGUUUAAAGAUAUUACAUCUUUAAAAUGGAUGUUAAAAAAAAAAUUAUUCUCAUUAUUAAAACUUAAAAUCAAUAACAAUGACGAGUUUAUUAAUAUUGAUAAACAUUCGAUUUAUGAAUUAUUUCGAUCAUUAUCAUUGACUCCAAACUCUAUUAAUGUUUUAGAUAAUACUAUUCAUGGUAAUAAUGAUGAAGAAAAUUUCAUUGAAACUCAAGAGAAUUGGAUAUAUAAUGAUCUUGAAGCACAAUAUGAUCAACCAAAAUCCAUUGUAGAAUAUAAUGAAAAUGAUAUUAUUCAAAUUAAAGAAAUAUUAAAUUUAUUAUUAAAUAAGAGAAGGAAUGAAUUUGAAAUUUGUGAUUUAACAAAUGCAGCGAUUAAUUGCAAUAGUUUAUAUGUUUUGAAGUUAUUAAUUAGUGAACCAUAUUAUAUUGAUGUUAUUCCAUCAUCGAUUUUAUUGGCAUAUAGAAAAUGUGACCCAAUUAUUAUUUUAGAAUUAUUUAAAUUUAAUAAAUCAAUUUUUUCAUUUUAUGAAAUUAAAAUUCACUCUUUGGAACAAUCAAGUAAAAAUAAAUACAAUUCUUUAGAAAUGGUUAAAUUUAUCUUAGAAAAUGAUUAUUUAUAUAAAUUAAAUGAAAUUGAAAAACAAUCACCAUCAUCAUAUAUAUCAUUAUUUUUUAUUGAAAUUUCACAUAGGAAAUUAAAAGUUGAAAAUGUUUUAAAAUUAAAAUGUUUAAAAACUAUUAAAAUUUUAAUGGAAUUAAAUUUAAUUGAACCAUCAACAUUUGUUGAUAAUUCAAUUUUUGAUGUAUUAAAUUUUAAUAAUACUUUUGAAGAAUCAAAAACAAUUUUGUUGUUUUGUUUAAAGUAUUUCCCAAAAUUAAAAAAUGAUAAAGAAAUCAAAAAAAAACUAGAAAACAUUUUAGAAAAUGAUUGUGAUAAUUUAAAAGAAUUACAAACGUUGAUUAUAAUAAAUUUACAUCCUUUAAAUUUAUAUAGACAAUACAUCAAGAAUUAUCAAGAAUCAAUAGAUGAAUGUCAUUUAGAUGGUUUAGUUUCAAAUGAUUAUGAUAUGGAAUCCAAUAAAUUUAUUACCUUUUAUAGAUUAUCCACUUUACUUUCUUUUGGGGGUCAAAAAAUAUUUAAUCUUUUUAAAUUGGAUAACGCAAGAAAUUUAUUAUUAACAGAAAAAGAUAUUAAAAAAAGUAAUAUAAAAUUUCAUCCUUUAUUAUUUGAUUCAUAUGAUUCAUCAAAACUUUUAAUUGAUAAUAUAUCAGUAGUAGAGUGGUUAAUCGAUAAUAAUAUGAUGUUAAGGGUACUCAAUUCAAACAUGAUUUCUAUUAAAUUUAAAUCUUUUGAUUUUGGAUUAUCCUGCUUUUUAAAUUAUGAAGUAUUAAGAAAUUUAAAAAGAAGUUUAAUAUUUGAACAAUUUUUAAAGGAUUUCUUUUUCUCAUCAAUCGAAAAUGGAUCAAUUAAUAUAUUGAAAAAAAUAAGUAAUAUCGUUCGAGAAUAUAUCAAUGUAUCUCAAUUUUAUAGUACAAUAGAGCUUUUUUUACCAAAUGAUAUAUAUAUUUCCUUAGAGGUGUUUAAUUAUUUCAAUGAAAAUGGUUUUAAUGGUUUUAGGGAUCAAUUACUAUAUAAAUUUUUAAAACUAUCUAUUGAUAAACAUCCAUCAUUAAAAAAGGUUAAAAUAAAUCAUAAUCUAAUUGGUUUAUAUGACUUAAUCCUUUUUUUCCCAAAAGAUUUAAAUUUAGUUAAAUUAUUUCUUAAUAAUAUUGACAAAUUAAAAGAAGAUAAUCCAAUUCAAGAGUUAGAUAAUAAUAUAUACAAUCAAUAUUUUGAUUUAGUCCAAAACAAUUUCAAAACAAAGCAAUUGGUUUCAAUUAUUAAAUUAAUUAUCUCAAAGUUUAAUAACAAUUCAAAUGUACAUAUUUUAAAUCAUUAUUUUAAUCUCUUGAUAAGAAAUUAUGGUGUAACUAUUGAAACUAUUAAAACAAUACAAGAUCUACUGUUUGAAAAUUCAAUUGUUAUUGAAAAUUCUACAAUUCGUACAUUCUAUUACCUAAAUGCUAGAUCCCCAAAAUUUACGAAAUUAAUACUCACAGGAAUUAAAUCAUAUUGGCUUUGUUUAGGAACGGAUCAAAUUAAAUCAAUUGAAAUUUAUAUUAGUAAUUUCAAUUAUAAAUAUUUAACUGAACAACAAGAAAUUUAUGGAAAUCAAAAAUUUAAAAAUUCAUUUGAUAUAAUUUUAAAAGAGUUAAUUUCAAAUAUUAUUUUUAAAAAAUUUAAAACUAAUCCAAAUAUUGAAAUAAGAGAAUUUGAAAGAUUAACUAAACCUCUUUUAAUAUACUUUUUAAAAAUUGGAAGAAGAGAUUUAUUUUUAGAAAAUUAUCAAUGGUUUAAAAUGAUGUUAUAUAAACAUUUAAAUAAUUUAAGUAUUUUAGAACUAAUUGCGGAAUGUACCUCAUCAAUUUUAUCUCCAUCAGUUCCUUCGAAUGGUAAUCUUAAAUUAUUAAACUCAAUAUCACCAAUUUUUAGAACCAAUUAUUUCAAUGACAGUUUUAAAUUUAAAAAACCAAAUGAUUUUGAUUUGAAUUUGUUUUUUAAAUCUUGUAGCCAAUAUGAACUUUCUAUAGUAUUAGAAAAUUAUUUCAAUUCAAAUAGUUUCCUUUCAAAGGCUUUAUUUGAAUCAUUUGAUUUUAAUAACAUUGAUAAUUUAAAGUUUUUAAUUGAAAAUUAUAAUAAUCACAUUCAAUUAAUUGGUUUAUUUGAUUAUAAAAAAUCAUGUUUUCUAUCUUUAAAAUUUAUUUUAAAUAAUUUCCCACAAAAAUUUUAUAAUCAUAUUAUAAUACCAAUUGAAAUUCAAAAGGAAUCAUUAAAUGAUUUAGAAUUUUCUGAUAAUUUUUUAAACUACAUUUAUAUUUAUUUCAGCAAUAAUGUAGAUUCAUUAAAAUUUUUAAAUUCAGAAAAUGGUAAAAUAAAUCAAUUCAUUCAAGAAUUAAUAAUUAAAAUUAGGGAAUUAAUAACAACAAAUAAAUUAUUUUUAAUUGAAAAAACUGAUCAAUCAAAACAACAAAAAUCAGAUAAAAAUAAUGAAAUUAAAUCAAUAAUCGAACAAAAAGAUAUUAAAGAAUUACUAUUAUCAAAUUUAAAUAAUUAUUUAGAAAUUAGAGAUUCACAAAGGAAUUUAAAAAAAAGUGAAUUUGAAAUUAAAUAUUUAAAUGAUGAUAAUAAUUUAUUUAUUCAAUCAUUUAUAAAUGGUGAUAUUAAACAAUGUGAAUUGUUACUACUUCAUUUUAAAAACUUUAUUUUAACAAAAUCUUCAAUAACAAAAACAAUUAUAAAUAAUAAUAUUUUUAUAAUUAAAUAUUUUUAUCAUAAACUUAUAAAAAUUAAUUUAAUUUUAUUAAAUUAUUUAAAAUCACAAUUAUUACAAAAUUAUGACUAUAAAUAUAAUUUAAAUUGGUUAGAAUAA